UCGUAUAUAGUAUUUGCUAUCGUGGACCGAUCAGUCUCUUCCUUGUGCAGCAGUCGGUUCGUUGGUUGUAAGCUUGUUACUAUUAACUUGUAGAUCUUUCACUUUCUCACUCUGUGUCUCUGCACAUUGCCACAUUGGCCCUAAAGAUUAGUUUUAUAAUAAAACUUAUCCAUAGAACUUUUGUUGUAUUAACCAUGGCGAUUGCAAUAACAAUAAUGAUAUUUUGUUAAAUGCAGAAUUCUAUUAGUAUUUAAUCUUUCAAAUUGUUUGGUUCAAAAGUCGAAAAACUGUACUAUCGUUUUGAUGUACAUCUUUUAGAAAAAUCAAUUUGUCUCAAAAUCUAUAAAAGUUAGACAGUAGAAACUGGACAUGUCAAAUAGUGACAGUCAUAUGGAUAUGAUCAGUCAUGAUGAUUCUGAUAGCGAAGAGUUUGACUGUGAUAAGCGUAGGAUACCACUGGAACAUUUACCAUUGUUUCAACGAUUGGCAUCGGUUAAUGGCAAAAUAAACCGCAUGAAAAGACGUCAAUUGAUAGAUACAAUGAAAAAAAAAAAUCUCAAUACUGAUGGUGAAAUUGAUGUUUUGAAAAAACGUUUAAAAAAUCACUAUAGAAUGCAAGCACUAAUCAAAGCUAAAAUCUGUGAAUCUGAGUCUACUUACUUUCCGUAUUUUGUUGUCAUUGAUAUUGAAGCAACAUGUACUGAAAAUAAUCCAGCUGAUUACAAGUUUGAAAUCAUAGAAUUUCCAGCUGUAUUGGUUGAUGCCAAAAAACGGAAAAUAAUUGAUCAUUUUCAAGCAUUUGUAAAACCAUCAAUCAAUCCAAAACUAUCUGAAUUUUGCAUUAAAUUAACUGGUAUAACUCAAAAUCAAAUUGAUAACGCUGAUUCAUUUGAAGUAUGUUUGAAAAGAUUUACUAAAUGGUUAGAAGAACAUGAACUUGGAACUAAACACAAAUUUUCUAUUGUCACCGAUGGCCCAUUUGAUAUGGCUCGAUUUCUUUACGGACAGUGCUUAAUGUCAGGAAUUCCAUACCCAAAAUUUGCUACUAAAUGGAUUAACAUAAGAAAAGUAUUUAGAUCGUUUUAUUUUACAAAACAAGUCAAGCAUUCAGUUCUUUGCAAUCUAAAUGCAAUGUUAACUUUUUUGGAUAUGCAAUUUGAAGGCAACCCUCAUAGUGGCCUAGAUGAUUCAUUUAAUAUAUCUAGGAUAUGCUUACGAUUACUUGAAGAUGGAGCUUUUAUAGAUCAAAAUGAACGAAUUAUUUCACUUAAAACCCCAACACCUUAUGGAAAAGACGAUCCAUUGCCAGUAAGACCUGUGCACAAUAUAUUUUGUGAUGGAAUGCAUAGUCAUAAUAGGUGGUUAGUUACACAAUUGAAGAGUUUAGAUAUAAACAAUGACAUUUAACAUUAGUUAAAUUCAUUAAAAACUGUUUCAACUUUUAACUGUUAUGUUCCUUUCAUUGUGAAAUAUGAUUCUUUGUUAAAAAAGUUUGUAUUAUCUUUUAAAAAUGUUGGUUGUCUAUGCGACUUCAAGUCAAUUUAAUUGUGAUCAUUGUAAUAAUAAUAAUUUUAACACAAAAUAAAAUAUUAUCUUUUUAGUUAUUA